AUGGCGGACGGUGGAAAGGACGAUGAAGUUCCUGGACGUGUCGAGUACAUUUUGUGUAAAGAAAUUAUGUGUCAACCAUGUUUAAGUAAGGAUAAGAAAAAUGUGGCUGACAAGUUUUGUUCAACGUGUAAUGAAUUUCAGUGUUUUGAUUGUUCAGGUGUGCAUAACGUGCUUGACAUCUUUAUAAGUCAUAAAUUGUUAAACGCAAAUGUAGCUCAUGUAAUCAGAUGUGAUCAACAUAAAAAGGUUUUAGAUUUUUUCUGUGAAGAUGAAAAGAAGCUAUGUUGCAGUACUUGCGCCAUUGUUGAUCAUAACAAAUGUCACAAAGUUGUUGAGGUUGAGAAAAUUGCCAGGAAAGUGACGUCACCGAGUUCUAGUUUAGAAGAGAUAUUGCAGGAAGCCAGAGAAAAAGCUGAAGAUAUUAAAAGACAUAUUAUCACUUCAAAAUAUCAACUUGUUCAAGACGUUGAAGAAAUACAAGCAAAAAUUAGGGAAAUGCGAGAAGAAGUAGUAAGAAUGUUUGACGAAUUGGAAGUUAACAUUGUUUAA